AUGAUUAGGUUUGCCCCUUCGUGGUGGCGUUCCAAGAACUUCACAUGUUUACUUUCAUGGAGGUCAAACAAGCUAAUAAAUUCGUCGUACAAACUUCGGUUGCCUUCUUAUCUUCGUACUCAGGAGAAUUCCGGUAAAGCAUCGCGUCCUGGAGAAAGAAAGAAUGAUCAAACAUCUAAUAUUCCAAAGUUUGAAUUACGGUUUUCAUUUUCUCGAAAUAAAAUGCCUGACCCUCCUGGUGGAUGGUCUUUUGCUUCUUGGGUUAUACUUGGUGCUGUUGGUUUAACAUGGGUUGUCUACCACAAUUUUUCAAUGUACAGAAAGGUCGAUUGGAAAGAGUUUACAGAUAACUUCCUACAAAAGGGUGCUGUCCAUCACUUAGAGGUUGUGAACAAAUCUUGGGUUAGAGUCCAUCUCCAACCAGGCGCAGAUUUCGAGUCGUAUGAAUCCAUUGAUCCCAGCAAGAAAAUUUAUUGGUUUGAAAUCGGUUCAGUUGACACUUUUGAACGAAGUCUACGUGAUAUGGAGGCUCAUAUGGGUAUAGAUCCUAUGCAUAGAACGUUUAUAACCUAUAGCAGUCGUCUAAAGCUAUCAGAUGUUUUAUAUGGCAUUUUCUAUAUUUCUUUGUUCUUAAUGGCUGUGUAUUCCUUACGGCCUGCAUCUGGUGGUGUUGUACGGAAGUCAGGACUGGGUUCAGGAUUAUUCAAUUUCGGACAGUCACCUGUGCGUUUAAUAGAAAAAGAUAAGAUUGGUGUACGUUUUAACGAUGUAGCAGGUUGUGAAGAAGCAAAACUUGAAAUAAUUGAAUUUGUUAACUUCCUAAAAAAUCCAGCAAAAUACGAAGCGCUAGGAGCAAAGAUUCCUCGUGGUGCCAUCCUAAAAGGUCCUCCUGGUACUGGCAAAACACUUUUGGCUAAAGCAACUGCUGGAGAAGCGAAUGUUCCAUUCCUUUCCGUUUCUGGAAGUGAAUUUUUAGAGAUGUUCGUUGGUGUAGGACCGAAAAGAGUACGCGAUAUGUUUGCCUCUGCACGAGACAAAGCUCCCUGUAUAUUGUUUAUUGACGAAAUUGACGCUAUUGGUGGCAAGCGAUCUGGUACAUCAUUUGGUCAUCAGGAACGGGAAAAUACUCUCAAUCAACUACUUGUGGAAAUGGACGGGUUUACUACUCAAGAAAAUGUUGUCGUUCUGGCUGCUACCAAUCGUAUUGAUAUUCUAGAUCCAGCUCUUCUUAGGCCUGGACGUUUUGAUCGUCAAAUAUAUGUAUCAUUGCCAGAUAUCAAAGGUCGUGCAUCAAUAUUUAAGAUACAUUUGAAACCAAUUAAAUUAGCUGAUGAUAUGCAACUUGUAGCUCGCAAAAUGGCUACACGUACUCCGGGAUUUUCUGGUGCGGAUAUUGCAAGUGUAUGUAAUGAGGCAGCGUUAAUCGCUGCGCGAGAAGAUGCUCAUAGUGUCAAUCUGAUCCAUUUUGAUAAAGCUAUCGACCGUGUAAUUGCUGGGCUAGAAAAGAAAAGUCAAGUAUUACAACCCGAAGAGAAAAAAAUAGUUGCAUACCAUGAAGCUGGACAUGCAGUUGUUGGUUGGUUUUUAGAACACUGUAAUCCGUUGUUGAAAGUUUCAAUAAUUCCUCGUGGUAAAGCUCUUGGUUAUGCUCAGUAUCAACCUAGGGAUAUCUAUUUGUUGACUAAAGAUCAAAUGUUGGAUGAAAUGUGUUUGGCAUUAGGAGGUCGAGCAAGUGAAGAAGUGUUUUUCGGUAAAGUUGGAAGUGGAGCAGUGGACGAUUUACAGCGUGUAACUCGAUCAGCUUAUUCUCAAAUUGUCCAAUUAGGAUUCAGUUCAAAAGUUGGGUUGCUAAGUUUCGAUUUGCCUGAGCAAGGUGAUAUGGUUCUUACCAAGCCAUAUUCUGAGCAUACUGCACAAAUAAUAGACGAAGAAGUUAGACAACUUGUUGAGUCAGCCUACGAAAGAACACUAACGAUAUUAAGAGAAAAAAGACAGCUUGUCGAAAAGGUAGCUCUACGCUUACUAGACAAAGAACAGUUGCAAAAAGAAGACCUGGUUGAAGUAUUAGGUCCAAGACCGUUUGUGGAGAAAAACACAUAUGAAGAACUCGUAGGUCCUGGCCCUUUGGAUGAAGAUGUGUCACUCCCUCCUGGACUCAAGGACUGGAAUAA